CGCUUCAGCGCCAAUCGACGAAGUUACAGCUCGCGCACUCCGCCAUACAACAAAUGCCACUAAAUCAUGCAAGCAAUUCAUGUAAACAACAACAACAGCAGCAGCAGCAACAAGAAAACCAAAAGCAACGGCAUAAACAUUCAAUAGUAAUUAGUGAAAAUCAAAGAGUUACAAGUGCAUUGAGAAAACAUUACCAACUCGUGAAUAUUCAUGCAACACGCAAACGUCGCUGCAACCACCAGUUAAUCACACAAAUCUUAUAUAUCAAGUGAAGAUCGCCGGAGGAGGAAAAGAUCAGCGCUUCUUGUUGCUAUUGAAUGUGCAUACAUAUGUACAUACGUGUAUGUAAAAGUUCGUGUAAACUUUCUUCGGCAUUCGAGCAAUCAAACAUAAGCUGAGUAACAAGCUCAGUUACGCGUUAAAAGCAAAGAAAACGAAAAAUUGAAAAUUUAAAGAUUUUCUGUGUGGCAUUUUCAACGCCGGUAUGAGCGGGAUCAGUAGGAGUUUUCCCCAAUGUGUAGAAGCAAGCAUUUAAAGAAGUCGCCAAAUACUGAAAAAACAACUGUAGAGUCAAACAGAACGACGCAGACGACGACGAGCAACAGCGAAAAUAACGACAGCCGAAGGAUAACAGGAAUCAACGGUAAUAAAAUGGUCAAUAACACUUGCACCGCCAUGGCGCAUUCCAUAGUCGAUAGCAGCGACACGGAUUUGGAACAGGAGCGUUAUUUACGCGAUGCUACACAUCAUUUUCGUGGCAUAGAAAAGCCACUCAAAUAUGGUCCAACAAUUGAGACUUUAAACGAUUUAAUCACAGCGUUACAUAAGGAAUUCGAUACGAAUUAUGUUAAUAUAGAAAUGGUGAAUCACAUAAUGUUAUCGUAUAAAUCGCAUCCACGUGAAUGGAAACGUUUUGCCAAAUUCGAUCGUUUCAAAUAUACCCGAAAUCUGGUUGAUGCCGGCAAUGGUAAAUUCAAUUUGAUGAUACUUUGCUGGGGUGAAGGUCACGGUUCGGCGAUUCAUGAUCACGCUGAUUCGCAUUGUUUUAUGAAAAUGCUAAAAGGUGAUCUAAAAGAGACACGUUACGAAAUGCCAUGUUCCAAGGCUAUAGAAAUGCCCAAUGUGGAUAUUGGUGAGGUGAAUGGCGAUAGUGAUGAGGAGCAGGAGUUUGAAAGGGAACAAUUGAAUGUUGUAGGCUCCACUACAAUAACUGUUAAUGAUGUAGCCUAUAUAAAUGAUAAUCUCGGCUUACAUCGUGUGGAAAAUCCAAGUCACAUCGAUACCGCAGUGUCAUUACAUUUAUAUUGCCCACCCUUUAAUGAGUGUUCUGUAUUUCAUAAGAAUUCUGGUAAACGCAUCAAAUGCCCCGUCACUUUCUGGAGUAAAUAUGGCGUGCGUCAAGCUGAGAGCAAGAAAUAAUAAUAUUAUAUAUAAAUUUCUUUAGUAAGUUUUUUUCAAUAAGUAUCAUUGGAUCAGGUUCUUAUGAACCAAUUAAAUAUUUACAUAUUUAAAAAGGUUUAAAGUUUAUUUUUAAUAUUGUAUAUUUUUUGUUUAUAUUAUAUAAAUACAUUAAAUUCAAAUUGGGGAACAAACAUUCCAAACAACCUGCAAAGUGGUUUUUUUUAGUUAAAUAUUAGAAAUAGUAAAAACAAAAUAAAAAUGUAUUGCAUAUGUAUGUACAAUACAAUAAUUUGAGCUUUUAAUACACUUGAACAGCAAA